AUGGUGGGGGUCCCGCAUAGUACUGGCUGUGCAUUGUGUCGCGAAAGACAUAUCAAGUGCGAUGAAGCAGUUCCCGAAUGCACCCAAUGCCAGCGCUACGGCCGCACCUGUCCAGGAUACCGUCGCACCUUUCGCUUCCAAGACGAGGGUCCAAGUCUAAAGCGCCGGCAUCGCUCCACCACUCGUGGGCGAGGCCGCGGGGCUUCGACGGGCCCAAGCACCCCCAGCACUCCCGGUACAACCACACCCCAAAUCGAGCCAUAUGGCCAGUCCGAGCUCGGCGGUGCUGCAGCCGUUGUCCGCGCGAAUGCCAUUGCCUUGAUGCGUCGACACUCGUCAACGGUCACACUAGACGAGAAUGUGACGCCAUCACUCGUGCGCAAAACCUUUCGAGCAGCGCAGCCACAGUUGUUUCUAGACUUUAUCAGCGCGUCAUUUCCAACAUUGUACUUUCAUAACCAGUUUCGCGCCGGUAACGAGCCCGGCUUUGCGGAGUUCAUUGUGUUGAAUUUUGGUCAAGAUGCGUACCUGGACACGGCCAUUUGCUGCCUGAGUUCAGUGUAUUUGGCACAUCUAACCCAGGAUCCGGUGUUGCUACGGACAAGUAGGCGGAUGUACGGACUCUCCCUGAGCGAGGUGAUUCGUGCUCUGUCGAAGAAUGAGCAUGCUUUGUCGGAUAAUAUGGUUUGCACGGCUAUGAUGCUGAGUGUGUACGAGAUGUAUGCUCGAACAAGUCAUGAUGCAUGGGUCGUGCAUUCCGACGCCGUCAGACGGCUCAUGGAAAGUCGUGGUCCAGCACUACAUGAUUCCGGCUUUGGACGAUCAUGUUGGAUCGCUUUUCGAGGAUUUCAUAUUGCAACGGCUGUGUAUCAGGGAAAGCCGUGUUUUCUGGAUCAAGAGGAAUGGCAGCGUUACACGAUGCGAAUCAUGGCCGAGGAUGCUCAAAAACCCGGUGAAUGGUCGGCAUAUGCUUUUAUCUCGGAUAGGGUCUUCAUGGAGAUCGCCAAAUGUCCCCGAUAUAUCAGCGAGACACGAGACAUUCUGUCUGACCAGGCCAGGAUAGAGCGAGAUACUGUCGAGGCUUUGCUGCAACGGAUUAAAGAAACCACCAUUAAACUCCACACCCUCAGCACUGAACUGCGCUGCUGCAUCAGUGCCCACGGCCAAAGACAACAGGGCAUUGUCCGUCGCCCAGGUACAUUUGUCGGCCCGGUUCCAGAAAUUUUCCCUGAAACGGGGCCAUCGCUUCUCUUACGUGGCGCGGAGAAUGUCCUAGGAACACUCUGUCAGUUACGCGAGCGUCUGGAGGAUAAAAUUCGCUACCGUGUGAUUGAAGAACUCUCACCCGAAUCUGUCGCAGAGACGCCACCCAGUGAAGGCAGUACGACUUCCCAGUCUCCAACAACGACACUUGCCAGGCCGAGGACAUUCACCUUGCCCUUUCGUAUCUCCUCCGAGCUCGGACGCGGCCCAUCUCAGACAUCUGAUCGUAAUGAUCCCCAUGCGGUGAUUUGGCUGGACCGUGUUGCUUCAUCGAUGGGCAUGCUGGGUACGAGGAUUAUCGAAGAGAGUCCCAAUGUUGGCUAUGUUGAAGAAGAAACGUCGCCUGGCACAUCUACCCUCAGCUGA